AUGUUGGAGUUGUGUCUUGGUGGUCGACUUACAAGUUCCUUCAAAGCAUCCAGAAUACUCACAGUGACAGCACAUAACAUUCAUAGCGUUCCUACAUGGCCAAAUAAGGGAUUAAAUAAGUUAUACCGCCUCUCACAAAAAUUUUCCCUUAAAAAAAGUGAAAGUGUAUUAUUACCUUAUUUAUGUUAUUCUACCGUCUCCGUUAUUAAUACUUCAGGGUGUAGUGUAUUGAGACAGUAUGAAGUAAGAAUAAAGCGUGAAGUAGGUCACUCUUCCUCAGUUCACACACAUGGCAUUACUGUUGACACAAAUGAGAAAAAGAAACAAAUCCAGAUGGGUCCCGGCCUGGAACACUUUAUAGCCAAUAAUAAGCAAUCCAAUAAUACUCUAGAUGGCGACCAGAGAAAGGUUCUUUCCAGACGAGACCUAGAAAAAAUAUCUCACCCAUACGUUAAUGUUGCAGACAUUGAUGGUAAUGGCCGCAAGGUAUACUUUGAUGUUUAUGGUUGCCAGAUGAAUGUAAGUGAUACUGAAGUGGCUUGGUCGAUUCUCAAGAAUCAUGGCUAUGUACGUACCAAUGAGAGGGAUAAAGCAGAUGUUGUAUUGGUUAUGACGUGUUCUAUUCGAGAAGGAGCAGAACAGAAGGUGUGGAACAAACUGGACCACCUACGAGGCCUAAAAAACAAGCGAGCGAUGAACAAGAAAACUACCCCAAUGAAGAUUGGAGUCCUGGGGUGUAUGGCUGAGAGACUGAAGAAGAAACUGAUAGAAAAAGAGAAGAGUAUAGAUGUUGUGGCCGGUCCUGACAGUUACCGUGAUCUUCCAAGGCUGCUAUCACUCGCUGAUGGGGGUGAAGCAACAGUCAAUGUUUUGCUUUCUCUGGAAGAAACCUAUGCUGAUGUGGUGCCAGUGAGUUUGUCAGCAAAUAGGAUGUCUGCCUUUGUUUCAAUAAUGCGUGGCUGUGACAACAUGUGCACUUACUGUAUUGUGCCUUUUACUCGAGGAAGAGAACGUUCACGGAAUGUUGACUCCAUCGUAGAAGAAGUGCGGUAUUUAUCAAAUCAAGGAAUAAAAGAAAUAACCCUUUUAGGCCAAAAUGUGAAUAGUUAUCGAGAUGUUUCCCAAAUACAGCAUGCUGGUUUUUCAAUAGAUAAAGAUGAGAAAACCCAUGUAGUUAAAGGAUUUAAAACAAUAUACAAACCCAAAAAGGGUGGGCUGAGAUUUGCAGAUCUAUUGGACAAAGUUUCUCAAAUUGAUCCUGAAAUGCGUAUUAGAUUUACCUCACCUCAUCCCAAGGACUUCCCAGAUGAAGUAUUACACCUGGUUAAAGAGAAAGACAAUAUUUGUAAGAAUAUUCACUUGCCAGCUCAGUGUGGAAGUACAAGAAUCUUGGAACUCAUGAGAAGAGGCUACACAAGGGAAGCAUAUUGUGAGCUAGUAAUUCACAUUCGGUCCAUCAUCCCAGAUGUAUCCCUGUCUUCAGAUUUCAUCUGUGGUUUUUGCUCCGAGACUGAAGAAGAGUUUCAGGAAACUUUGUCCCUAAUUCAACAAGUCAAAUACAACUUUUGCUUCCUCUUUCCAUACAGUCUCCGUGAAAAGACACCAGCACACCGUAAACUAGUGGAUGAUGUUCCUCACUCAGUCAAACUCGACCGAUUACAAAGAAUGUGUGGGUUGUUCCGUACUGAAGUUGCUAAGAUUAAUAGAAUGCAGGUUGGGCAGCAGCAACUGAUAUUAGUGGAGGGAGCCAGUAAGCGAUCAAAUCUGGAUCUUGUUGGGAGAAAUGAUGGCAACACAAGGGUAAUCUUCCCAGAUGUUGAAGUAGAAGACAAAGAUAUCAGAUGCACAAGAAAAAUCCAACCAGGAGACUAUGUUUCUGUGCUAAUUACAAAUUCUUCCACACAAGUUUUGAAAGGCAUUCCUCUUGCCAUCACCACACUUCAAGCUUACCAUGAUUGAAGGAAUUAAAUAGUGCUGAUAUGUGCAACAAUUCUUCAAAUGACAACUCAUGAACACCAGGGUACAGUUUGAGGAGUAUUACACUGAACAAUAUUUUUGUCCAGAGCAGCAGUUAAAGACUCAAGGCUCAGCACCAUGUGAGCUGUAAGUUUGAGGUACCUGCAAAUAAAUUGCCAAUUAGUUUGUUCUUUUCAACAUAAGAUUUAUAUAUGUGUUUCAUAAAGAACUAAAUAAAAAACAAAGCACA